UCUAGCUGAUUUGAGGUAUAAAUGACACUUGUUUACUUGCAUUGCUCGGAGUUGGAUGGGGGGGUGACCAACCAUCAAGGCGUAGCUUUGAAUACUCCAACGGAUUUACGCUAGACAGCUUUAAAUCUUCAACCUCUAAGAAAUUAACAAGCCACUAGUAGCAGGCUGACAAUGAAUAAACAAGCUCGUGGUAGCAGACUCUGUAUGAGCAAACAUUUAAUUGUGAUCGUUCACUCUUCACCAGCAACAUUUUGUUGUGGCAUGCGCUAUUAAUUAUUACCCAUUCAUAAAAAACCCCAAGCUGCAAGGGUUGUUUCAUAGUGUCGACGAUAACAUUCGAGUCACAGUGGGCUUCAGUUUAUCAUCUUCUGCAAUCUUUGCUUCCCUUCAAGUUACGGACUUAGUUUGAUGUGAAAAUCUGCUGUAGAUCGUUGUCGCAUAGAACACGGUUUGUGGGGUUGGGAGGAUAUUUAAUUAAUAUUGUUAAUAUGGAAUUAUUAUCAAAUCCCCUGAUGAUUUUGAACCAAGCAGGAGGUCCAGAGAGGAUGAUCCUCCUCAUUAUAGGAACCCUAGGCCUCAUUUCCAUUAUAAAUAAACUGAGCGCAAUCCUAAAAUGGACAUGGGUAACCUUUUUACGUCCUGGGAAGAAUCUAAAGAAGUAUGGGUCCUGGGCCAUUGUUACGGGCCCCACUGAUGGGAUUGGGAGGGGCUUUGCCAAGCAGCUAGCUAGUCGCAAGAUUAACUUGGUCCUGGUGGGAAGGACCCUUUCAAAGCUUACAGAUCUUGCUGAUGAAUUGCAGUCUAAAUACAAGAUUCAGGCGAAGACUGUUGUGGUGGAUUUCAGUGGAAACCUUGUUGAGGGAAUGAGCAGGGUAGAGGAGGCUAUUAAUGACUUGGAUGUUGGUUUACUAAUAAACAAUGUGGGUGUGUCAUACCCAUAUGCCCGAUUUUUUCAUGAAGUUGAUUCUGAACUUUUAAAGAAUCUAAUUGCAGUUAACAUUGAAGGCACUACAAGGAUGGUGCAUACUGUGCUGCCCUUUAUGCUGAAGAAGAAGAAAGGUGCUAUUGUUAACUUGGGUUCUGGUGCUGCCACUGUCAUUCCCUCGGAUCCUCUCUACACUGUGUAUGCGGCUACCAAAGCAUAUAUCGAUCAGUUUUCAAGAUCACUUUAUGUAGAGUAUAAGCACAGUGGAAUUGACAUUCAGUGCCAGGUUCCUCUCUAUGUUGCUACUAAAAUGGCUUCCAUCAAGAGAGCUUCGUUACUUGUACCUUCACCUGAUACUUUUGCGCACUCUGCAUUAAGAUGGGUAGGCUAUGAGCCACGGUGCACCCCGUACUGGGUACACUCUAUCAUAUGGUGGUUGGCAAGUGUGCUGCCUGAACCUUUGGUGGAUGCAUAUCGAUUGAAGUUUUCUGUUGGUAUCCGUAAGAGAGGUCUGAUGAAAGAUUCUAGGAAGAAAGAAUAAUCUCCUUAUUGUUCUAGUUUACAAACUUGAACCUCCAAGUAUUUUUCUGUAAGGGAGCUAAUUAGGCCUUAAAAUGUCCAAUUGUGUUUUUGCCAUGUCAUUUUUCCAUGUUGGUAUGUAUUUUGAAGUUUCAAGGUAUAUUUAAUUUCUUUGAUUUCAUGUUC